AUGGCGGAGUCCCCCGCUCCCCCUGCCUCAGCCGCCGUCGUCGUCGUGGGUGGUGGCGGCGGCGGCUCCCAGCGGCUGCUCUUCACGCACGACCUGGUGUCGGGCCGGUACCGGGGCUCGGUGCGCUUCGGCCUGGUCCGCGUCAUGCACGGCGAGGACUCCGACUCGGAGGAGGACGAGGGAGGACGAGGCCCCGGCGGCGGCAACGGCGGCAGCGGGGGAGGCGGCGGCGGCGGCCCCGGCGGAGGCGCGGCCAGCUCCGGCGGCUCCGAGUCGGGAGGCCCCUGCGGCGGCGAGGAGGGCCGCGGCAGCCCCCUCCGCCGGGGCUACGUCCGGGUCCAGUGGUACCCAGAGGGCAUCAAGCAGCACGUCAAGGAGACCAAGCUGAAGCUCGAAGAUCGGUCAGUGGUACCUCGGGAUGUCGUUAGGCAUAUGGGCUCACAGGACAGCCAGUGUGGGACUGUUGUUGAUGUAAAUAUAGAGUGCGCAGUGAAACUAGUGGGAACCAACUGUAUCCUUUAUCCCAUCAACAGCAAAGACCUUCAGAAUAUCUGGCCAUUCAUGUAUGGUGACUGCAUAGCCUAUGACUGGUGGCUAGGAAAAGUGUACGAUUUAAAGAACCAGAUCAUUCUGAAGCUCUCCAAUGGAGCCAGGUGUUCCAUGAGUACAGAAGAUGCAGCAAAACUCUAUGAUGUCUGUCCCCAUGUGAGCGACUCGGGCCUCUUCUUCGAUGACUCGUAUGGCUUUUACCCUGGACAAGUUCUGAUUGGUCCCUCAAAAGUCUUCUCGAACGUGCAGUGGCUUUCAGGGGUAAAGCCUGUUCUCAGCACAAAGAGCAAGUUCAGGGUGGUGGUAGAAGAGGUUCAGGUGGUAGAAUUAAAAGUUACUUGGAUCACAAAAAGCUUCUGUCCUGGAGGUACAGAUAGUAUAAGUCCACCACCAUCAGUAAUCACACAAGAGAAUUUGUCUAGGGUAAAACGUUUGGGGUGCUUUGACCAUGCCGAGCGGCAACUUGGGGAGAGGUGCCUCUAUGUAUUUCCUGAGAAAGUGGAGCCUGCAAAAAUCACCUGCGAGUGCCCAGAGAGAAACUGUGUUCUGGGAGAAGGAUCCGUGGCCAAAAAGGUAAGAAGAUUAUUGAAGAAGCAGAUAGUGAAGAUUAUGUCAUGCUCUGCGGAUUCUCAGGGUACCGCUGACCUCCCUGAAGGAGAACCUGCUGCUGGUGGCGACCAACAAUCUGAAGAUCUGAAAGCUAGCUCAAAAUGUGAACUCGAAGAUUCUGCCAACGGUGCUGUAAGUUUACAAGAGGUCAAGGGAGAACACCUUGAUGAAACAGGGAAAGGCAUCACCUGCGAAGCUGCUGGGCUGCAGCUGCAACCACCAUUCGUACUGAAAAGAGACAACCUCUCCUCUGACUACAAGCUGCAAUCAAUAGAGCAGGAUGCCGACGACGAAGCCGCGGAUGACACCGAUGACACCAGCUCCGUGACAUCUUCUGCCAGCUCCACGGCCUCUUCUCAAAGCGGCAGCGGCACAGGCCGCAAGAAGAGUAUCCCACUCUCCAUCAAGAACCUCAAGCGGAAACAUAAAAAAAAGAAAACCAAGGUUUCCCGGGAGUUUAAACCAGGUGACAGGGUUGCUGUAGAAGUGGUGACCACCAUGACUUCAGCUGACGUGAUGUGGCAGGAUGGCUCCGUGGAGAAAAACAUUCGUUCCAAUGAGCUGUUUCCUGUCCAUCACUUGGACAACAACGAGUUUUGCCCUGGAGAUUUUGUGGUGGAUAAAAGAGCACAGAGUUCUCUGGAUCCUGGUAUGUAUGGAGUGGUGCAGUCAGGAGACCAUGUUGGCCGCACCUGCAUGGUGAAAUGGUUCAAGUUGAAACCCAGUGGCGAUGAUGUGGAGCUUGUUGGGGAGGAGGAGGAUGUCAGUGUGUAUGACAUCGCUGACCACCCAGAUUUCCGCUUCCGCACUACUGAUUUUGUGAUCCGCAUUGGCAAUGCUGAGGAUAGUGCGUCAGUCAAUGAAAACGAGCCAUCAGUGGGACAGGUGGCUCGUGUGGAUUUCAGCAGCAAAGUGGAAGUUGUGUGGGCUGAUAAUUCCCGGACAAUCGUUCUGCCACAGCACUUAUACAACAUAGAAUCUGAGAUGGAUGAAGAGACAGACCUUGAUUCCAUAGAUGGCAGCACAAGCGGCGCCUCCUCGGAUGAAUGGGAGGACGAGAGUGACAGCUGGGAGACGGACAAUGGCCUUAUGGAAGAGGACCAUUCAAAACCAGAGGAAGCGGAGCCUGAGGAGCCACCACCCGUGGAAGAGGUGAAGAAUUUGGAAGAGCAAGCGCAGGGUGCCGUGGCGAUGGCCGUAGCAGACCUAGCAGCAGAUAAGUCCGGCAAAGAAGGAACGCCGAAAAGUUUCCGAGAGCUGAAGGAGGCCAUUAAGAUCUUGGAGAGCCUGAAAAACAUGACCGUGGAGCAGUUGCUGACGGGCUACCCAACCUCUCCCACGGUAGAACCUGAAAAGCCUACCCGCGAGAAGAAGUUCUUGGACGACAUCAAGAAGCUACAGGAAAACCUGAAGAAGACUCUUGACAAUGUGGCCAUUGUGGAGGAGGAGAAGAUGGAGGCAAUGGUGGAGGCAGAGAAGAAGGAAGAGAGGGAGGCCCAGACGCAGACGCCAGUGGCAUUGGAGUGGCCGAGCGAGACGCCGGUGCUCUGCCAGCAAAGUGGCGGCAAACCCGGAGUCACUUUCACCAGUGCCAAGGGGGAAGUAUUCUCUGUGCUGGAGGGCGCCCCAGAUAGUCAUGCCUUUAAGAAAAUGGAAUUCCAGCCUCCAGAAGCCAAGAAGUUUUUCAGUACAGUAAGGAAAGAAAUGGCUCUGCUAGCAACCUCACUGCCAGAUGGUAUCAUGGUCAAAACCUUUGAAGACAGAAUGGACCUGUUUUCGGCAUUAGUCAAAGGACCCACCCGCACACCGUAUGAAGACGGCCUCUUCUUAUUUGACAUCCAGCUCCCCAACAUCUAUCCGGCUGUCCCCCCUCUCUUCCGCUACCUCUCCCAGUGCAGUGGGAGACUGAACCCCAACUUGUAUGAUAAUGGAAAGGUCUGCGUAAGCCUUCUGGGGACAUGGAUAGGCAAGGGCACAGAGAGGUGGACCAGCAAAUCCAGCCUUCUCCAGGUGCUCAUCUCAAUCCAAGGUCUUAUCCUAGUUAAUGAGCCUUAUUACAACGAGGCUGGCUUCGACAGUGACCGGGGCUUGCAAGAGGGCUACGAGAACAGCCGCUGCUACAACGAGAUGGCUCUGAUCCGCAUGGUGCAGUCCAUGAUGCAGCUGCUGCGCAAGCCGGUGGAAGUCUUUGAGCAGGAGAUCUACGAACACUUCUGCUGCAAUGGCUGGCGCUUGGUCCACCGCAUCGAGUCCUGGGUGGAGACCAACGAGCUGGUGGAGAGAAGCCAUGACCAAGCCGGUCUGGGGGAUUCCUGCUUUGGGCACGCGGCGUGUGGCAUCCUGGCGGAGAGCCCCGUCGACAGCAUGGGGCUGCUGGGCGAACAAGAGGAGUUGGGGGCGGCAGCUGCCCCGUUGUCCGAAGGCAGGGAGGAGCUGGAAGACUCUGGUUGCGGAGUGUCGACUCUUCCGUCUAGCGACACCCAUCAGUAUUCAGACUCAGAGAGCAUGGGCCGGGCCAGGGCAGCGCACUUUGCCAGAGACCUAACGGAUGAGAGUAAAGCCCCUCAGGACUCUGCUUCUCAGCAGCCUAGCGUGAAACCAAAGAAAAGGAGAAAGAGCUACCGGAGCUUCCUCCCGGAAAGGAGUGGCUACCCCGAUAUUGGGUUCCCCCUCUUCCCGCUGUCCAAGGGGUUCAUAAAGAGCAUCCGUGGUGUCUUGCGGCAGUACCGGGCUGCCUUAGUAGAGGCCAACAUCCCAGAGUGGACAGAAGACAAAUAAGACAUCAGGCGACAGGGGACAG